CUGACAUCACGGCGGUGCCGGAGCGGCCGGGGGCCGGCAGCCCUGGGGGCCAGCAGCCCCGCCGCCACGGCCACUGCGCACCCGCGGCCCCCGGCACCGGCGCCUCCGGCCAGGAUGACUCCUCAGAUCUAGACAAGGAGACUGGAGCAGUGCCAGAAAUCCCCAUCCAAGUGACAGUGGGACUGGGAUAGAGGAGCUGCCAUGAGGAUGUCUCAAGCCAAGCCCCUCAGCAUCUCUCGCCUCGUGUUUUCCUUGCUCUCCUUGCACUGGGCUUUGCUCCAGCUGGGCCAGGCUUUUCCCAGCACCUCUGACUACCUCCAGCGGGGCUGGCAACGGCUGCUGGAGGAAGGGGAGGGCUGCAGCGAGUGCCAGCCAGAGGAGUGCCCGAUGCCACGCGGGUGCCUGGCUGGCACAGUGCGGGAUGCCUGCGACUGCUGCUGGGAAUGUGCCAACCUGGAGGGACAGAUCUGCGACCUGGACAACACCAACCACUUCUAUGGCAAGUGUGGGGAGCACCUGGAGUGCCGGUUGGAUGCCGGGGACUUGCGUCACGGAGAGGUGCCCGAGCCCCAGUGUGCCUGCCUCUCCCACCUGGCCCUCUGCGGCUCUGACGGCAAAACCUACGCCCAGAUCUGCAGGUUCCUGGAGGCUGCCCAUGCCCACCCUGAUGCCAACCUCACCGUGGCCCACGAGGGUCCCUGCGAGUCAGAGCCUCAGAUCACCUCUCCUCCCUAUGACACAUGGAACAUCACUGGGCAGGAUGUCAUCUUUGGCUGCGAGGUCUUUGCCUACCCCAUGGCAUCCAUUGAGUGGAGGAAGGAUGGCAUGGAGAUGCUGCUGCCUGGAGAUGACCCCCACAUCUCUGUCCAGUUCAGAGGUGGCCCCCAGAAGUAUGAAGUGACAGGCUGGCUCCAGAUCCAGGGUGUGCGGGUGACGGAUGAGGGCACGUACCGCUGCUUCGCCAGGAACAGGGUCGGGGAGGUGGUGGCAGUGGCCAGCCUGACCGUCUUCACGCCAGACCAACUCAACCUGACAGACUUCUCCCUGCCGAAGCCCCGCGUGCCACCUGAGGACUACGAGGAGAGUGAGGAGGACUACUACUAGCCCAGAGAUGGCAUGUCGGGCUGCCAGAGAUCACCUUGCCCACAGUGACCCUUCCCUGGGGGUUGGGGACAUCUCUGGAGCAAGCACCCUCUGGCCCAAAAUUCCUUCUCUGAACAAUCCCGGCACUCCAGCCUGGUUUUUGGGGUGGGGGACAGCGUGACACAUCCUUUUGGGGUGCUGGGGGAUGGAAUACUGGCUGGUUGGUGCGAGGGCUGGGAUCAGGGGCAGCUCUGCCUGGAGCAGGGUGGAUCUGUCCCCUGGCACUGAGCGGAGACACAACGGCAGGUAGGACACUGUGGGGACAGCUGUGCUAUGUGUGCUGAGGACUUGGUGCUGGGGAUGGAGACAGCCCCCUUUGGGAGAAUGAGGCCGGGGCAGGGGCAUCAGUGUCCUGUAGGAAGAAUUUUUGGGGAAGCUGGAGCAGAGAGCUGGGACAUGGCUGUGAUAACCAGUGUGUAACCCUUAUGCCUGCUCUGUAUCCCCCAAGCACAGAGACAUCGCAGCUUCUCCACAGAACCUGAGGAACCUGCUGCCAAAAUAUCCUUCUCUUCUGUUUUGUUUUUAACCAGAAAAGUAGUGAUUUGAGGAAACCAGACCCUUGUGGCUUUCAGUGCUGUCUUUUCUCCAGCCGAACCACCCUUGUGGUCAGAAACACUUUGGCCUUUUUUUGACUGA